CCAGGGCUCCAAAAUAAACAUCCUCCUUUCACUCCUUUGUAUCGCCAAUUUGAUGCACAGGCAUAUCUCGGAAUAAAAGAAUAAAAGAGAAGAUGUCGAAGGCCAUCUUCGGUGCUGUCUCGGCGGUCCUCCUCGUGGCCGCGGUGAUCGGAGUGGUAGCUACUGUUGUGAGUUCGAAUCAUAAGACCGAUGCUUCUGAGGGUGAUGGUUCACUUACCACCACGUCCAAGUCCGUCUCGGCCUUCUGCGCCAAAACUGACUACCAAGCCGACUGUGAACGCACCAUUGGUUCUGCCAUCAAUGGCUCUUCCUCCCCCAAGGAAGUCAUCCAAGCUUCUUUUCAGGCGGCCAUUGACGAAAUCCAAGCUGCCUUCCACCUGUCCAACAACGUAAGUUUGAAGGCGAAUGACCCGAUGAACAAGGCUGCGUUCAACAUUUGCCGGCAGCUCCUCGAGGAUGCCGAUGAGGAGCUCAAUGCUGCCUUCUCGGAGACUCAUGACCUUCAGGGUCUGGCGAGGAGGACCGAUGACAUCAAGACAUGGCUCUCGGCCGUCAUCUCCUACCAGCAGACCUGUCUCGAUGGCAUCACCGAACCGGAGCUCCAGUCCACCAUGAAGGACGGUCUAAGCACGGCCACAAAGGUCACCAGCAAUGCCAUUGCCAUUGUCGAUGAGCUUAGUUCAUUAUUAAAGUCCUUCAAGAUCCCGAUUAACAUAACCAUGGGCAGUCGACGCUUACUGGUCGAUGAGCAAGGGUACCCUUCGUGGUUCUCGGGCCAUGACAGGAAGCUCCUGGCUGCCCAAGCGCGAGGCCAGCUGACCCCUAAUGUGGUGGUUGCUAAGGAUGGGAGUGGAAAGUUCAAGACGAUCAACGAUGCCGUUAAUGCCAUGCCAAAGGAUUACUCUGGGCGGUACGUGAUCUACGUGAAGGCUGGGGUCUACAAGGAGAAUGUCAUCGUUGGCAAGGAUAAGGUGAACGUCCUCAUGUACGGUGAUGGAUCAAGGAAGACAGUCGUGACCGGGAGCAAGAACUACGUCGAUGGCGUGCAAACUGUUGAUACCGCGACCUUCGCUGCCCUCGGACAAGGCUUUAUCGCCAAGUCAAUGGGGUUCAGCAACACGGCCGGAGCAGAGAAGCACCAAGCUGUGGCGCUCCGCGUGCAGUCGGACAUGUCAGCCUUCUUCAACUGCAGGAUGGAUGCGUACCAAGACACCUUAUACGUGCAGGCCCACCGACAAUUCUACCGCAACUGCGUCGUCUCCGGGACGAUUGACUUCAUCUUCGGCGACUCCUCCACCAUCCUUCAGAACUGCCUCCUGGUGAUGCGACGCCCGAUGGACAACCAGCAGAACAUCUUAACGGCUCAUGGGCGAUCUCAGGCGAAGGAGACCACCGCGCUGGUGAUCCAGAACUGCCGCAUCGUCCCGGACAAGUCCUUGUUCCCGGAGAGGUUGAAGUUCCGCAACUACCUUGGCCGGCCAUGGAAGGCAUACUCGAGGACCAUCGUCAUGGAAUCUACCAUCGGAGACCUGAUCCAGCCUGAGGGUUGGAUGCCGUGGGACGGAGCAAAUUUCCUUGACACGUUGUACUACGCCGAGUACAACAACCGUGGGCCCGGUGCCGGAACCAGCGGCAGGGUGAACUGGCCUGGAUACCAUGUUAUCGGCAGGACCGAGGCACAGAAGUACACGGUGGAGUCCUUGAUCCAAGGUUCCAAGUGGAUCAAGUUCUCCAACAUACGCUACUUUGGUGGCCUUAAAUUUUGAGAUCCGAGAUCCAUGGGAGGUUAGUGUGGAGUGAGCAACCAUGUGGAGUUGGAAAGAUGAGAUUGAGAGGUGGGAUUGAGGCUCCUUGCUUAUGUAUUGACCUGUGAUAUGGCCAUUUUAAUCGAACACUUCGUUCCAGGGUUGAUUUGAUUCCAA